AUGGCAGACGGUGAGAAGGUCAAAGAGUUUCCGGACGUGAGCAACAAGCUCGCUGCGCCGAAGAAGUUGUCACAAUUCGAGAGGGAGAGACAGGCAGCAGAGGUGAAGCGAAAGCAGGCUGAAGAGGAGAAUGCAGCUGCGCUACGGGUCUUCGAAGAUUCUUUCGGCCAUGAGGAGGAUGACGAUCUGGCAGCUGCAGUCGCAGGGCGAGGUCCUGCGGGUGGGCCUCGAGGGGCGGCGCUGGGCUAUGGCGGAGCUGGCAGAGACUAUGGCAUGUCGCAACCACCACCUCGAGGUGGCCUCGGCAGUCUCGGACCUGCUCCGGGCGUAAUACCUCCGAAUUUGAAGAGGAAACGAGCGCUGGACGAGAUGCGAGAAGCCCAAGAAGCUCGUCAGGAGCAGGCUGUGCUUGGCUACCAGGAGUCGAGAAGUGGCGGCCGGCACGCACAGCAGAGUACUCCACAGGACGACGAUCGCGAAGAUGAAGCACCACGACCCACAGUGCAUCUUGGCCAGUUGCCACCAAGCAUCGUCGAAGGAGAUAUCAAGGCACUCCUGAAUGGUCAUCUUGAAGUUCAUUCUGUUCAAUUCCUCCCGCCUGCCGGUCCAAGUACUGCAGCCAAGCGGUCUCUAUCAGCGGUCGUCGCUCUCGUCGCAGAGACCUCUACUGGACAGAUCGACACCACUGUGACCGCUCUAAAGGACAAGUAUCUUGGCUUUGGCUUCUACCUUACCAUAUCUCGCCAUCUCUCCUCUACUGCCUUACAUCCAAGUAUGGUGAACAUCAAUUCCGCUGUCUCGGACGAACCUUUCGGUGCUGAGAAACCGAAGGAGCCACCGCGGCCUUCUAUGCGCAACGCGCCGCCGCCAAUGGAUCACAGAGGAUUUGCACCACCGAGCUCAUAUGAUACAUCACCGAGAGGAGGCUACGGUGCUGUACAGCAACCUGAAGCGCUAGUCAAUGUGCAUGCACCACUGGAUAUCGCCACUAUCCGCGCCAUACAUAUUAUGGUCGAGCGUCUGACAACGGAGCCCGAUCCUGAACGCGCACUUCAGCUCGAAGCUCUGCUGAUGAGUAUGCCAGAGGUACAGCGAGACGAGCGCUUCGCCUUUCUGUACGAUUCGAGAAGUGCCGCAGGUGUCUACUACAGAUAUCUGCUCUGGGGUCCAGAUAGUCGAGGCGAGCAGAAGCGACAUGCUAAAGGACUGGAACGGGUACAUGAUGAUAUGAUACUCGACUGGGCGCCACCGCACGGAGAGGUGCCAUUCAUGGACUUGACAGCAUUAGCGGACGUCGUGACUGAUAUGGAUUACGCAUCGAGUGAUGAGGAGAGUGACGACGAGGGUGGCGAGAGGAAGUUCAAUGGCGCGCGCGACGGUCCAGCUCUUGACAAGAAUGAGAAGGCGCAUCUCAGCCCAGUCAAGCGUGCAAGACUAGUGCACCUUCUAUCACGACUACCAACCAGCAAUGCCAGACUACGUAAAGGGGAUGUAGCACGAGUGACAAACUUCGCCAUCAACCACGCAGGGCAAGGUGCAGAAGAAAUUGUCAAUCUCCUACUACUCAACGUUAAGAAGCCACUCUGCUUCAGCCUAGCAGCCAAGUACGAAGACUCCUCCUCCCAAGAAGAAGAAGAAGAAGACGACUACGAGCCCGACUCAGACCUCCCAACAAUCGGCGUCAGCUCCCCUCAACCACCCCGCGACACCAAAAAGGAACAAGAGGACCCCUCAAACGCCAAACUGAUAGCCCUCUAUCUCAUUUCCGACAUCCUCUCCGCUUCUUCCACAGCCGGCGCAAGGAACGCCUGGAAGUACCGGCAACUCUUCGAAUCCGGCUUCAAGGCUCAGAAGACCUUCGAACAUCUCGGGAAGCUGGACAAGGAUCUGGCGUGGGGACGACUGAAGGCUGAGCAGUGGAAACGGAGGGUUGGGGCUAUCUUCCAGAUUUGGGAAGGGUGGUCGGUGUUUAGUGGGGGUGUGCAGGAGGGGUUGAGGAAGGGGUUUUUGGAGCCGCCUCUAUCAGAGGAGGAGUUGAAGGCUGAGAGAGAGGCGAAGGAAGCGGAGGAGAGGAGGAAGACGGAGGUGAAGUGGGCUGGGAAGUUCAGGAGGGUUGAGCGGGGUUCGCCUGCCGGGUCUCGGUCGCCUGCUGUAAAGGCUAUUGUGCCAGCUGCUGUGGCUGAGGAUGUGGACGGGCAAGGCAUGGAUGACGUAGACGGUGCGCCUAUGGAGGAGCUUAUUGGUGCACAGAUGGAUGUAGGUGAGGAUCUAGAUGGUGCGCCAUUAGACGAUGUGGACGGUGCACCUAUGCAGCUUGAUGCUCCCACUGCACCUGCACCUGCACAGCCAGCUGAGGACGAUCCGAAGGCAGAAAGUACUGCCGCAAAGCCAUCUGGGACUAAGAGACGGAUGCGUGCGGAGGACAUGUUUGCUAGUGAUGAGGAAUGA